AUGUGGGUUGCUCUUUCUGAGGAUGUUUAUAGAGCCAAUGCAACCUCAAGUAUACCUGGGAUUCUUUUCCUGUUUUUCAUGGUCGCCGCGACGAUCUCCAUCGUGGCUGUAGUUAUCUUCAACUGUGGCGACAGCGGUGGUGCACCACGGCAAAAGAAGAGAAAAGGUUUGGAUGGCCAUGACGGUGAGCUUGGUGGUGGAGGGGAGAAUAAUGGUGAUGAUGGUGGUGAUCAAAAUGGCAGCGGAGGGUAUGGUGACGAUGGUGAUCACUGUGAUGGUCAUGCUAGCCACCCCAGUGGCGGGUUACACCACCACCACGACGUCGGUGGUCAUCACCACCACCACCAUGUCGGUGGUCAUCACCAUCACCACCACCACGACGUCGGUGUUCAUCACCACCACCACGACGUCGGUGGUCAUCACCACAGUGGCGGGUUCCACCACCUGUAG